UUAUUUUGUCAGAAAACUAAAAAAAAUCAUUGAACCCUUAUCUUCUUCGACACUUCUCUGACACACCGCUUCUUCUUCUUCAUCUUUCAGUUUUCUCUUUUCUCCCAUUGCUUAUUAGUUCUUGAAUCAUCCCUUCUCUCUUCGCUUUCCCCUUUCCCCUCCUUGCCUCGAUUGUCUAUUUUUCUUGAUUUUGAUCAAAUAAAAAUUUGAUCUUGCGUAAAACGAGCUGCAGAAUUUCUAUUCCUACCACUUUUGAGGAAGAUCAGGUGCAAAAGAUUCGAGAUGGCUUCGAUACAUGGCCCCGUAGUUUGUCCUGUGGUCCGUGCAAAACAAACCGGGGUGUGCUCUGUACCCGUUGAUUUGCCACUGCUAAAAGCUAAGUUGAUUAGAAGUGGAUUCUGGGGGAUCAAGGGGCUCAGCAGCGGCGUGGCUAAUGUCAGUUACCGACAGAAUUUGAGGAAUUGCAGACGAAUCCACUGUAGUUUCAGUUCUUCAUCAGAUGGUAAUGGUAGCAUGGCAGAAAACUUCAGUGAGAGUAAUGCAGAUUAUGUGAAUUCAAGUGUCGUUGAAGCCGUUGAGGUGAGAAGUGGUGCAGACGGUUUCGUAAUCAAGAUGAGAGACGGAGGGUAUUUGAAAUGUGCUCACAAUAACCCUCAAGGAGGCCAUCUGCCCGACUAUGCUCCGCAUCCUGCAAUUGUCUUGAAGAUGGAAGAUGGAACUGGUCUUCUUCUCCCGAUUAUUGUUUUGGAGAUGCCGAGUGUGCUCCUCAUGGCCGCUGUGCGCAAUGUACAAAUUGCUAGACCAACUAUGUAUCAAGUGGUGAAAGAUAUGGUUGACAAGAUGGGAUAUACAGUGAAGCUUGUACGUGUCACCAAGAGGGUGCAGGAGGCGUACUUUGCCGAGUUACAUCUUGCAAAGCUGGAUAAUGAAGCUGAUACCGUAUGCUUUGAUCUUCGUCCCUCGGAUGCCAUUAACAUAGCGGUGAGAUGCAAGGUGCCAAUACAAGUCAACAAGUUACUGGCAUAUAGUGAUGGUAUGAAGGUUAUUGAAUCUGAAAAGGUGUUGGCUCAAAGUUCAUCAUCGGAGGGUCCGUUUUUCACUCAACUGGAUAGACCCACAGGGCAGCCGUGCAUUCAGACCAAAGAAUUCAAUUUCGUGCGCAACAUGCUGAUUGCUGCUGUUGAAGAACGCUACAGGGAUGCAGCGUUGUGGAGAGACAAGCUGACUCAGCUUCGGGCCAAGAGAAACUGGGCAUGAUACACGGGUACUACAGUGGGAUAGCUUCUGUACAUAGAGAUCACUGGUCAGCCGAACAUCGAGUAAUCAACUAUGUUUGGCCCUUCAUUUAAGUUUAUAUAAAGCCCGUUUCAUGUAUAUUCGCUCCGUGUAUAGAUGAACUUUGUUAUGUACUGAUGUAUUCCGUAUGUUCAUACAUUCAACUCUUCUGCGCUUAAAGGCUCUUAUCUUCAUUUUCUGAUUCCA